AUGACCGAGAAGGAACUCCCAUCGACCAUUACCAUGGAUGCGCAUUGCUUGUCCGGCUUGAAGCUUUACAGCGUUCUAUCUGACAUUAUGGUCGCGACUACCCUUAUCUCCUUGAAUGCGUCCAUCUUCUCCCUUCGCUGGUCCUGCCUCGUCUUCUUCGGCAUCUUUCUUCUCGGCUCCGUCCUCUGCGGUGCGGCCACCAGUUCUACAAUGUUCAUUAUCGGUCGAGCAGUAGCGGGCAUUGGCGGUGCAGGUAUUGUCUCCGACGGUAUUUCUGUGAUUGCAUUGGCCACGCCAACCGCGCAGCGCCCGCUGUCCUUCUUCCAUCCGCCGAAGAGCACAGCCGUGAUUCAGCAGGGUACCCCGAUCCGGAGAAUAAUAAAGCUGGAUCUGAUUGGCGGCAUUAUCUUUGUUGGAUUGACAGUCAUGGUCUUUCUAGCUUUUCAAUGGGGAGGAGGCGAGUACGCCUGGGACUGUGCAACUAUCAUCGGACUCUUCUUUGGCUUUGGGGUAUCGAUGCUUUUGUUUAUCGCAUGGGAGAUGUACAAGGGUGGAGCGGUAUUGAUUCUCUUGAGCCUCCCUGAGAGAUUGUUCAGCGGCUCCAAGCAUUAUCUUUGCAUUCGUCUUCAUGGGCUCCUUUGUUGUACCUGUGUACUAUCUCCCCGAAUGGUUUCAGAUCGUCAAGGGCGCGAGUCCUAUGCGGAGCGGAGUGGAGUUAUGCUCCUCCCAUCUGUCUGCACCCUAGUCUUUGGAGCCAUUGUGUCCGGUGUCUCAGGUAUGAUCUGCCUUGAUUUCUGCAUGAUGUGCUCAGCACUAACCGUCAAAACUAGCCAAACAUGUCAGGUACUACAACCCCUGGUCUUUAUCGGACCGAGCAUGCUGUGCAUUGCCUGCGUUUCAUACACAACCUUCACUCCUUUUCCCACCUCGUCGGGCAAGUGGAUAGGGUUUUAG